AUGGCGGCUGUUGCAGCAGGAUCAAUCGAUAUCGACAAGCCGGGGAAAUACCCCGUCGUCUUGAGCGACGCCUUGCUGGGGAAGGCUUCAAAGGAAAUCUAUACAGGAAUCAGAUAUAACCACAAGCCAGACCCCUCCUCCGAUUCUACAACCUCCAUGCACCUCGAGCCUUCUGACUCUACAAGCUACGACCUAUCCUUCACCGACAAUUCAGACAGAUAUUCCUACCAUGGGGCGCGAACAUCAGGCGACAGCCAAUACGUUCUCAUUUUCGACUCGGUCAAGAAGCACUUCGUUCUCCACCGAGUGGACUCUACAUUCGACAUGAACCUCAUCAGCGCGCCCUGGGCCCAAGACGCAUCUACCCUACGGUCACAAUAUCCACAACUCGAGACCCCACAUACCAAAACGCCCGCACAAGCUCCACAAAGAAAGCCAUCCAAGACAACAAAGAAAGCAGCUACAGCGGCAAAGGCCGAGACACAGCGCAAGAAGGUCGAGAAGGCAGAGAAGACAAAGAAACCAAAACCACCGCCAUCACCAGAGCCGGAAGAGGAAUCAGAAGACGAUAGUUUUACGAUCGAAUACCCUGAUGCGCCGAGUUCACAACCAUAUAAAUACACAGCCACAUCUAUACCGGUCGUCCGGAGGGAUCCAAGUGAGGAUGUUAGUGAGGAGGAUAGUGAUGCUGAUGCUGAGGGAGAGGAUGACGAUAUGGAGCGGAACGAGGACGUGGACCAUCUGAAGCUGCCUAGUCCGGCGAACAAUAAUGCUGGUGGGUUGAGUGAUGAGGAGAUUCAGUUGGAUCUGGAGGCGGAACUGGAGCAGGCAUUUAAGGAUACCGAGGGUGGUGGGGCUAACGAGGGUGGUGGGGCUAAUGAGAGUAGUGAGAGCGAGGAAGAAUAG